AUCACUAAAAGACACAUUCUCGAUUUCUUUAAGGUUGUGUUCUGCAAAACUGUCUUUUGCAAGUCCUGAAAAAUUAAGAUAACUUUAUUAAUCCUAGCUAGUGCAUUAUUAAGCUGCGUACAAUAAACACUUGUAGUUCGACCCUUUCUCGGACUCCGCAUAUUGCGAAAUGUUUAGUGCACCAGGCUGAGUUUUCUGGUAUAAGCAACUUACUGAGUUUUUUGUAAAGAAUUUAUGCAUAUCAAGUUACUUUUUAAGCAUAAAUGUAGUGGCUGAACCAAAACUAUUGAGUACUGUCGAACCGUAUAGUACUGUAGCUUAGCCACCGGGAGGACUUGGUCAAAAUCAGCAUUUGUUUAAGACUUAAUGAGGUCUCUUGUAAUUCCAUAGUCUGAGCAAAAAAAGAAAGAAGCAACAUUCUCUUUUUCUGUAUAUUGUAUGAAGAUAAGGCGAAAAUAGAGGCGAGUUAGGAAGGCCCCUCAAACCCCUGAGAUGGAUGAGGUUCCGCGGCCUGAUUGGGAAUCAUUUGAAACCAUUCUCUCCAAUUUCAUGGAGAAUCCAGAAGAGGCAGGCUUGGUCUUCGGUAUGAUGAUACAGGUGGAUCCAGACGCCGUGGUUCUUAAGAUUUCUAACAGUCUUGGUUCUGUCCAUGACACUGAUUAUUCUCGUGAAUGCAAGGUUGCCCUUCUAGCAAGGUUACUUACUAACCAGGACUUAGGUACUAAUUGGAACAAUCUGUCUGUGUCAAGUCAAUCCACUCUUAACUGUGUUCUCCUCGAUCGUAUCAUGCUUGAAGAGUCAAAAGCUAUCACCACUAGGAUUUGUGACAUUGUUUCUGAUUUAGCUCCUUCACUUCUCCCAGAUAACAACUGGCCGGAAUUACUGCCAUACUUAAACAAAUGUUUCAUGAAUUCUACUUCAAACAAUUGCUCAAGACUGUGUACUUUCAUACUAUAUGCGCAGCUAGUUGACAAAACUGACGAAACAGUAGUUGGUUGCGUGAAAGAUUUGCACUCGCUAUUCCUUAAUAUACUGAAUAAUGAUGAUACGCUCGAUGAUCUUGAUGUGAGGAUCACUGCCACGAUGGCUGUGAUCAGAUUC